CAGACUGUCAGUAAUUUUAUCAGCCUCAAGAAAUAAUUAAAAUACCCAACCACUUCCAUUCCUUCUUGUCGCCUUUCUUUCCUAAUUCACGUUUUACAAAACGUUGUAGUAAAUUUGUCAUGCUCAACAACCCCGUCUUUAUCCUCAUUACACUCAUAUUCUGAUACAUACAUUUAUACAUAUAAUCAUUCGUUACAUUUCGUACCAUUUUUUGUAUGUUUAUUUUUUGUUUUGAGCAAUGAAUACUAUCGGUUUUAAGCCAGCACUGCCUGUAAUUUCGGGCUCGAAAAAGCUCGGACUUUUUAGCUUCAAUGGUGGCAAUCAACCCAUUGAUUUUAAACCGAGAGGGGUUUGCCUGAUCAAGGUUGCCAUGGAAGAGACACAGACGCUUAAAGUGGAUGUUCAGGGCAAGGUGGAUAAGUUGGCAAAUGGGCAUGCAGGGAAAAAUCACAGCCAUUUGUCUACAAUAGGGAAUUCAACAAACAUAAAGUGGCAUGAGUGCCCAGUUGAAAAAAUUGACAGGCAGAAGCUUCUCCAACAAAAGGGUUGUGUUAUAUGGAUCACCGGUCUCAGUGGUUCAGGGAAGAGCUCUGUGGCAUGUGCCUUGAGUCAAAUGCUGUACCAGAGAGGAAAGUUGUCAUACAUUCUUGAUGGCGACAAUGUCAGGCAUGGCCUCAAUCGUGACCUUAGUUUUAAAGCAGAAGACCGUGUUGAGAACAUAAGGAGAGUUGGGGAGGUAGCGAAACUAUUUGCAGAUGCUGGAUUUAUUUGCAUCGCCUGCCUGAUCUCUCCGUACAAAAGGGAUCGGGCUGCCUGUCGAGCAAUGUUACCAAGUGGAGAUUUCAUUGAGGUGUUUAUGGAUGUUCCCCUCCGAGUUUGUGAGGACAGAGACCCAAAAGGCUUGUAUAAGCUUGCUCGUGCUGGGAAGAUCAAAGGUUUUACUGGCAUUGAUGACCCAUAUGAAUCACCAUUGGAUGCUGAGAUAGUAUUGCAAUGCAACACAGGAGACUGUUCUACCCCAUGCGACAUGGCUGGAAAGGUGAUUUCUUACUUGGAGGAAAAAGGGUAUCUCCAGGCAUAAAGUUAUUGCUGCGGCGGUCUUGACUCUGAGCCGCUGACGUCUUUGUUAAUGUUGUAUCAAUGGCAACGGUGGAAGCUGCUCACUUCCCUAGUUGCUAAAUAUCAAAUAUAUUGAUUAGGCUUUUGGUGUUUCGUCAGUUAAUUUAUCGAUUAGCUAACGCCACCAUCUUGGCCUCUGCAAGGCCGACGAAAAUUUCAUUUCUUUUGAUUUGUAUGUAUUAAUAAAGCUGGAAUUGGUUUGGGAAAUAUGUAGAAUGCCUACGAAAAGCUUGUUUGCCAUGUA